AUGCUUUUUCUUGAUCCCAUUGUUUGGAAAGGACGAAACCCCACAUUCGAAGACUAUUACCAAAAUUUCUACUUGAAAAACUGUAGAAAUGAAACUUCUUUCUUUGAGGAUCCAUAUAAUUAUGCAGCUAUCACAUCAGCUAUUGCCACUGCAGUAUUUCCAAUACAUAUCCUUGCGUUUUAUUGUAUUUUAUUCAAAACACCUAAAACAAUGGACGGUAUCAAGAAAGACCUAAUCGUUUUGCAUUGCUGGACGUUUUACUGUGACAAUGCUCUAAAUGUUCUACUAAUUGGAUACAUUUUUGCUCCAGUGUUUUGUGGAGUUCCACUCGGCGCCCUGACACAUUACGGUGUUCCUGUAGUGAUAAUCGGAUAUUUAGGACAAAUUGGGGUUUCCGGAGUGGGGACAUCUCUCGUUAUACUUUUUGAAACUCGCUACACAGCAGUAUCUCCAAACAACAUUUUUAAUAGAUUUCCCAUUUCGAAGAAACUGUUUUUGGCUACAAACUACAUUUAUACAGCUACAUUUCUCAUCCCAGCAUUUUACUAUUGGACUCCAGAUGACAGGCAGAUAGAGGAGAAAUUAAAUGUGCUGAAAGUAAUUCCUUGUCCUUCUCCGGUGUUUUUCGAAGAUCAAGUGGUCGUUGGAUUUCCGCCAGAUCACACAUGGAUAGCUUUUUAUUGUUGUUCUGCGUUCUCUUUCAUUAUAAUCACUCAAAUUUUGUUUUUUGUUUGCAACACCAUUCAUCGGAAUCAUUUCAAAAUCAACCUCAAGCUAUCAAUAAGGACCCUGAAACUACAGAAACGACUAUUUCGUUCUUUAUGUGUUCAAGUUGUGAUUCCAACUGUUUCCCUUUUUAUUCCUGCCAUUUAUAUAUGUUUCUCAAUCCCCUUUUCAUAUUAUGAUCAGACCACCAAUAACAUAUUGGUUCUAGUCUUCAGCUCUCAUGGAACUCUGACAUCUUUGUGCACUAUUUUGACAUAUCAACCAUAUCGAAAGGUACUUUUUUCGUUUCUCACAUGUGGUCACACUCAAAAAGUUAUCAAACGAAGUGUGAUCGUCAUUCAUGCUUCAAUCUUCUUUUUCUGA